AUUAACGAAAAGAUUUCACUUAAAUUAGUUGAAAUUCAACAAUAGCUUUAAAAUUAAAUAAAAAUCGAAAUUAUAUAAAUAUUAAUAAUGUCACAACCAUUAGUGAUGAGAAUAAUGGCUUUGUCCAUUAACACAGCCAUACGUGCUGGUUCAAUUAUACGAGAUGUCAUGCAAAAGGGUAAUUUGGGCAUAGUUGAAAAGGGAAAAGAUGACUUGCAAACUGAAGCCGAUCGCUCGGCACAACGUAGUAUUAUCGCAUCACUGAGUAAACAAUUUCCUACAAUAAAAAUAAUUGGCGAAGAAGGAGGUUCCGAUUUAAAUGUUUGCAAUGACUGGUUGGUAUCAGAGUAUGAUCAAGAAUUACUUAAGCAAAACUGUCCCGAACAAUUUCGGGAUGCUAACGACGACGAUUUUGUAGUAUGGGUUGAUCCGCUUGAUGGCACAUCUGAAUAUACCCAAGGAUUCUUGGAUCAUGUCACAGUUUUAAUAGGAAUUUCCAUUAAAAAUUCAGCUGUUGGCGGUAUAAUACAUCAGCCUUAUUAUAAAAACGCCAAUGGUGAAUUAGGACGCACUAUUUGGGGCUUAAAAGGUCUUGGUACUGGGGGAUUUGAACCGACUGUAGCUCCAGCAGAUCAAUUUAUUAUUACUACGACACGUUCACAUUCCAAUGCCAUAGUUCAAGCCGCCCUAGAUGCUCUCUCUCCCACAGAUGUUAUUAAAGUUGGUGGAGCUGGCUUUAAAGUUUUACAGCUGUUGGAAGGUAAAGCUCAUGCAUAUGUCUUUGCUAGCCCUGGUUGUAAAAAAUGGGAUACAUGUGCCCCAGAGGCUGUAUUAGAAGCUCAGGGAGGAUGUUUAACCGAUAUGCUUGGUGAACACUAUUCAUAUGCGAGUGAUGUUGAACAUCCAAACAAGAGGGGUGUUUUAGCAACAAUUGGUAAAGUGUCACAUAGUGAUAUUAUUGCUAAAUUACCAGCAUCAGUCUUAGAGGAAAUGCGCAGUAAAUAGUAAAUAAAUACUUUUGUUAUAUUUAUUUAUGUCAAGGAUAAUUCUUCUGUAAUUACUUUCCACAAAGCAUUUAACAUAUAAGAAAAUAAAUGUUUAAUAAUAAACUA